AAAACAUAAACUUCACCCCAUAAAUCAUUAUAUUACAAAUAUCACCUUUCAAUAGCCUGAUGAUAUUGUGUUUUACAGAUUUUAAGGUUGGUUCGUCAUUCAUUUAACAAGUUUCCAGUCAUGUAGAGCGGCACGUGUCUACAUUUUCAAUUGGCUGUUUUUUUGGUUGGUUUCUUUGCUCUUUUUUUUUGCUGACCUGAUGACCUGAUGUUUUCUAGGCUUUAUAAACAGCCAGUUUCAGAAAUCAGCGCUCAGAUCUCUCCAUACCUCGCCGGUGAUAGGACAAGAUGAAGGCUGUUUUAGUAUACUUGUUGUCGUUUUUACUGGCCGCAUCAGCCGCCAACUGGAAGGGAUAUGGCGGUGGUUAUAAUGGAGGUGGAGGAUUUGGUGGCGGAGGAUUUGGCGGCGGCGGAGGAUUCAACGGCGGUAACAACGGCGGAUUUGGUGGUAUGGGAGGAUUCAAUGGAGGUGGAUUUAACGGAGGAGGCGGAUUUAACGGCGGAGGAUUUAACGGAGGUGGAUUUAACGGAAAUUUCAACAACGGGGGCGGAUACGGUGGAGUAGGAGGAUACGGUGGCCGUAGAGGCGGAGGCUUCAUUGGAGGCGGGGCAAUCGGUGGAUGUGGGCGUUACGGCUGUGGUGGUAUUGGAGGUAUCCGCGGGGGAUUUUACAGACCUAGAUACCCCAAAUACGGCCGAAAAAUGAGGAAAUUCGGUUAAAUACACUGGAACCUUGACAAAUUCAACACUGCAUCAACCAUCGACCGGAAGUAGACCAAGGAAUGACUCAUUUUCACGUGCCGCUCACACAUUCUGUAUAUACUUAUUGUUUUCUUAUAAACUUUUUAUUUUUGGCCAAAAAUAAACUGUUUCGCAAGCUCUUAAA